GAGACAGUCAUUCUCGGAACAUUGUCUUAGAGCAUGCAGUUGCAGGGGGGACUAUUAUUUUAGACGCACAAGACAGUUCCUAUGUGUUUGAGUUGCAGAGGACCGUCAAAGUAGAUGAAUAAAGGCUGUCACCUGGGCGUUUCAGGAAGUGGUAUCUUCUCAUUCGGGAACCAUGGAGUUGUUGUGUGCCCGUCUCAUGAGGAACCAACGCCGUUGCCUACCUGCCUACCUGUCUAGAAGCUUUCAAACCUCCCAUUGCCGACAGAGACAAUCAACAACCAGGAGGACAUUACCUUCAACAGAACUCUACUCAACCAACACAUGUCGGAUUCUACGGCAGCCCGAAACCACAGACUCUGUUUGUCAACUUCAAUUGAAGCCAUCUUCAUCUCAGAGACAACUUUUCUCAUCUCAGAAUGUAAGAACAGUACUUUUCCCAGUGGGGACACCUAGACCUGACCCUGCUGUCCACUGUCUCCCUGUUAUAUGGCUGUCUAAGCAUGGACAGAACUUCUUCCAUACCUCUGCUCCUCACCGCGCCCUGCCUGCGCCUCUCAUAUGGCUGGUACUCAAACCCCUGCAGAAGAUAGUGGCUAUUAUACUGGGCAGGAGUAUCAGGAAGUGGUGGUUGGCCCUCCCACCCAAUAAGCAGCAGCUUGUGCGUCAGAAGGUCUGGCGUCGCCGUUGGCAGCUGGUGGCCGGGGGUAUGGUUGCUAUGGUGAUCAUGGCAAGUUUCUUCCUGACUCAUCUGGACGAAUCGCCCAUCACGGGACGCACACGCCUCCUAGUGUUCAGUAGAGAGAACUACAUGGAGCUGGCUGCAGUGACAGGAGAUGGGUACAUGGAGGAAUUUGCUGAGUUGAUGGUUUCAGAGAAGGACCCUCGUCACCAGGUGGUGGAGAGAGUGGUGGAGCACCUGGCCCAGAGGAACAAAGACAUCCCAGAGGUCUCCUCUGUUCCAUGGAGAGUCCACUUGGUCGACAGCCCUACCAUCAACGCUUUCGUACUGCCUAAUGGAAAGGUGUUUAUGUUCACUGGGAUGUUGGAGGCUGUUGCAGAUGUUCACCAGCUCACCUUUAUCCUGGGACAUGAGAUGGCCCACGCAGUGAUGGGACACUCUGCAGAGCAGGCCAGUAUGUCUCAUGUGGUGGACUUCCUGUCUCUGAUCCUGCUAACAGCCAUCUGGGCCGUGUGUCCUCGAGACAGCCUGGCUGUACUGGGACAGUGGAUACAGACUAAGCUCAUACAGUUCUUGUUUGAUCGUCCUUAUAGCAGGAAGUUGGAGGCAGAAGCUGAUCAGGUUGGACUCCAGCUGGCUGCCAAGGCAUGUGCUGAUGUGCGGGCAGGGCCAGUGUUCUGGCAGCAGAUGGAAAUCAGUGACCAGCUGAGAGGAGAACCUACAGUACCAGAGUGGCUCUCCACACACCCCUCUCACAGGAACAGAGUUACACAGCUGGACCGGCUGAUCCCACAGUACCUGGAGUUGAGGGAGAGCUGUUCCUGUCCUGCCCUCCCUGCUACAGACCCCAGAGCUGUCUUCGCUCAGAGUGUCAAAGUGCUGCUGGAUGCUACUAGGGACCUGGAGGGAGAGGCGGGGAAGAGACUGAAACCACAAGCUCUGUCCCAGACCCCAACGUCAGACCACAGAAGGGCUCCACACACAGGGGGACUGGCUACUGCCCUGCUAGCCUCCUCAGCCACAGGCUCACCUCCAGCCCUGACCCUAGACACUGCUACCCACCUCUAACCCCCGGGCCACUACCCCCGCCCCCUGUCUUCCCAGCCCCAACCCCAGGCCUAGUUCCAGUCAGUGAUUGUAGCUCCUUGAUUGCUAAUUGACUGUUGUUUGUAAGGUCUUGUAAAAUUGCAGUUGUCACCUGCUUCUGUGGAAUUGCUGCAAAAAGGUUUCGAGUAGCGGUUCUGUUUACUGCGUGUAAGAGGGUACAGGGAGAUGCUUUGAAUGUGUAGUGUGAAUACAUAGAGAUAGUAUCCUGUUUUCAUUGGAAGAUUUCAAGUGGGGACAUGCUGCACUCAAUGGCCUAAUGAGCAUAUAGAGUGAGGUCCAAAAUGAUUGACUCCCCUGAUAAAGAUGAGCAGUAAUGACUGUAUAAAAUAAAUAAAUUCAAAAUUAAAAUCAAAAUGAUUGACAUCCCGGCCCUAAAGAUUGACACCUCUAAAGUAAAGUAAUCAAACGUGUGUAUUUGGUCCCAUAUUCCUAUCACGCAAUGACUACAUCAAGCUUGUGACUCUACAAACUUGUUGGAUGCAUUUGCAGUUUGUUUUUGGUUGGGUUUAAGAUGAUUUAGAAUAUAUUUCUCGACACUUCUACAUUGAUGUACAUUCUACCAUGAUUACGGAUAAUCCUGAAUGAAUUGUGAAAAAUGAUGAGUGAGAAAGUUAGAGGGUCAAAGAUCAUACCCCCCAACACAUGCUAACCUCUCACCAUUAACAAUAACAGAAGAGAUUUAACAAAUGAUUGUUCAAACUAUGGCUACUUGUCUUAGUGCAUAUGCAGAUCUAUACACACCUCACCGAAACUGACAACCAAUAAUUUAACAGGAUUUCCGAAAUCACGUUUGUAGGGAAUAUAAAAGUCCGAACAUCUCAACUUUACAGUAUAUAAAAGAGUAAAAGACUAGAUUGAGUUCCUCUCUUUCCAAAGACCACAACCUGGAAGUCAGUGAUAAGUUGUUUGUCCCAUCUCAGUGGUGUUGGUAUAAUACAUGCUCAUGUGAUUACAAAGAAUUGCCAUAUAAUGUGUUUCUACAUGGAUUGUUGUACAGCCAAAUUCCUCAACAGUAAGAUAACGCGUGAAAUUAACCUCCUUGAUUGAUCAAAACUGGGAACAUAUAAAUAACGUUCUAACAACAUUGAGGAUAUGUUGAGGAAACCAUGUAAGAAUGUCCUUCAGAAAGUACUCAUACCUCUGGACUUAUUCACAUUUUGGUUUUCUGGGUAGACCGUGUGUAGGCACUGUGUCCUGUAUGUCACCUACUUUAUCUACACUGUCGUGUCCAUCCAUCACCACCUGUUGCAAUGUGUUUUUGUGGUAAUGUGGCCAUCAAGUUCAUUUAAAUGAGUUUUAUGUCUCGCCCUGAAGGAAUGGUAUUGUGUUGUAUUUUAGUGUCAAAGAUCUUUGUGAAAUCAUAGAAAUGUGUAGUUUUGUACAAAUCAUGUAUUGAACUAGCCAAAGAACAUAUUUUAUAUACUAGAAUGUACAUCUUAGAACCUGACAACCUGAAAAUGAAUGGGUUUUGAGGUAGAA